AUGAGUGAUACGGGAAGCGCGCACACAUGCAUAGUGUUACUCCGACGCACACAGCCGCAGGAACACCUGUCUCGGGAACGAAAGGUGUGCUCGCGCGUGUUUGAAAGGGAUGGUUGUAUGCCGAAUGUAAAGGAGGGAAUGAGAGAUGAGAUGCGCGCGCAUAACGCCGGCACGCCCGCCGCGCGUCCCGCUCGCUCGAAAGCCCGCCUGAGAACAGUCAGUCUAUCGCGCGUAGAGGUAGCACUUGUACGUGCCGCCCUUUGCUUCGACGCGACCGACACGGUGUCCGUAACUGGUGUUCGGAAAAUUGUGCAUGUGCGUUUUCCGACGAGAGCAGUGUGUGUGCUUGUGAGAUGUGCUGUUGUUUUC